AUGUCUAACGUAUUGGGGUAUUUUUAUAUGCUAUCCAUCUACCUAAGCCUCUCUAAGCUAAAAUAAUAAUUGCAAAUCAAUUAACUCAGCUUUAUGGAGAAAGCAAAUAUUAUUAAAGCAGACAAAAAUAUUGCAUAUUUAUUAGAGAAUAUAUUUGAUAAGUAUAGAAUUGAUCUUACAAACUAUAACUUUGUUAUAAACAUCGAAAAAAGCUAAUCUAAACAGUGCAGAGAGCAUACUGACUAAAGUAAUGCCAUUAAUAUCAUCAACUUUUACAUAAAAUAUUACUUAAACAAGCUCAAGUAAUAGUAAGCAUGUUAGUUUGAUGGACUUAUUCCUUUUGCCUAAGAAAUCUUAGUUAAUUAUUGA